UCGACUACAAAUAUGUUUGAGAAUGAUAGAUUCAUCAUUUUUACUUGCAUUUGAACCAGUUUGUUCUUCAAACAUUCUAAAAAUGGUGUUGUAUACCGAAUCUUUAUCGACACCAACACGGGCUACUUGUUUUGACGACGGAAGCUACACAGUGGAAAAGAAGACCAUACCGAAAUCAUCGAAUUCUGAUACACCAAACCCGCCUUUGUACAUUGUUUACCCUACCGAAAAAGGGACUUUUCCCGUUAUACUCUUUCUCCAUGGCUUUUCCAUCCUUAAUACAUGUUAUUCCGAUCUCUUCGAGUUUAUUGCCUCUCAUGGUUACAUUAUCGUCGCUCCUGGUCAGACUUUGUUUGAGCUUUUGAAAGGUCUAUGUGCAUUUUCUGCUGUUGGUGACGUGGACAAUGCAGCCGAAGCUGCUAACUGGAUAAACAAAAACCAAGGCGAAAACCUUCGACUUGUACUCCCAAAUAAUGUAUCACCAGAUCUUGAAAAUGUAGCACUAGCCGGUCAUAGUAAAGGAGGAAAAGCAGCAUUUGCACUAGCACUAGGCCAUGCUAAUACGAGCCUUAAAUUCAAGGCUCUUAUCGGUUUAGAUCCUGUUGCAGGCCGAGAUACAUCAAACAGGCUCGAACCCAAGAUCUUAAACUACAUACCCCAAAAUUUUAAAAUACCCAUGCCUAUAGCCCUAAUUGGGACAGGCUUGGGUGAUGAUGGGUGUUGCGGGUGUUUUCCACCUGCAGCCCCUUGGGGAUGUAACCAUCCUUUUUUCUUUAACGAGUGCAAACCCCCUGUGUGUUAUUUUGUAGCCAAGGACUUUGGUCACAUGGACAUGGUUGAUGAAUGGUUGAUCAAGUUAUCGGGUAUGUUUGUAUGCAAAACAGGGAAGGGUUCGUAUGCUGAUAUGAGAAGAGCUUGCGGAGGCAUUUUUGUUGCCUUUCUCAAGACUUAUAUGUUUGAUGAUGCCAAAGAUCUCACUACUAUUGUUGAUUCGCCCGAUACAUUUGCUCCAAUUAAGCUCGAUCCAGUUUUAUGGCUUCGAUCAUGAGAGCUUCAGUUUGAUCUUUUUGAUAAUUUGUUUGUCGUUUACCAUCCUCAAAUGUUCGUUUCUUAGUUCAAAACUAUAUAUCAUGUAUACAAAUUUUUACUGUAUAAUAAAGUAAACCAUUGAGGGACACUUGUCAUCA